ACCUGGAGCAGCUGCUGCAGGUCUGCGCAGCGCUGCAGCAGAGCUGGGGGCCCUCGUUGCUCGGCGCCUACCAGCUGCAGCACCACGUGAUGCGGCUAGCUGCUGGCUGCCAGCCCGAAGCCCUGGGGGCCAAGGAAGGCCCCCAAAGGGCCCACAAGGGAAAGGGGGCCCCCUGUGAGCUGCGGCUGUGUCAUGUGCCGAAGCUGCUGGCGCUGUUUGGCAGCAGCAGCAGCAGCAGCAGCAGCAGCAGCGGCGGUGGCAGCAGCGAGCUGCUGCGCCCCGCGGAGCCAAGCCUCCCCUGGGCUGCUGCUGUGCUUCCUGCUGCUGAGGGCGCUUCGGCUGCGUCUGCUUCUGCUGCUGCUGCUGCUGCACUGUCUGUGCCGCUGCGGGUGCUGCUGCCGGCCCUAUGGCGGCUGCAGCUGCAGCCGCGAGACUUGCUGCUGCUGCUGUCGCCUCUUGCUGCUAUGCCGGACCUCAAAGAAAUAGCAGCAGCAGCAAAAGAAACCAAACCCUACUCAAGACUCGCGCUGCUGCCUGCUGCUGUUGCUCGUGCUGCACUAGAAGCGCCGGCGGUGGCCAGGGAGGGGCCCCAGUACGUCCACAGCAGCAGCGGCAGCAGCAGCCGCAGCCACAGCAGCAACAGCAGCAGCAGCAGCUGCAGCUCGCACAUAAGCCCUUUGCUGCGGCUGGUGAAGGCCCUCGAUCUGGACCCUGAGGUGUACGUACAGCCCCUGCUAACUGCUUCGCAACUUUCUCCUCUCAAUUCUUUUUCUUUUAAGGACGCGAAGAGUCUUUUUGCUGCUUUGCUCGAAUGCCGCCCCCAAAGUGGCCACCAGGCCCCUCUCCAGAGACUCAUUUCCUGGCUCAGCAGCAGCCUUGCUGCCUCUUCGUGUCUCCCUGCUGCUGCUGCUGCUGCACUUGCUGCUGCGCUGCGCUGCUGCAGCGGGCUGGGGGUGGCUUCCCCACAGCUGAGUGCCCUUUGCUGCAGUUUGCUGCAGCAGUGGCAGCAGCAAAAGUAUGUGGCCCUCGGGGGACCCCCGGGGGCCUCUGGGGAAGCUUCCCAGCAGCAGCAGCAGCAGCAGCAGCAGCAAACCCUUGAAAGAGUCCUUGAUGACGAGACGGAGGUUUCUUUGCUGCACUGUCUUCUCACGGAAGAAUACUUUUCUGAGACCCUGCCCCAGGAGCAGCAGCAGCAGAAGCAGCACCUGCAGCAGCAGCACCUGCAGCAGCAGCAGCACCAGCAGCAGCACCAGCAGCAACAGCAACAGCAGCAGCAGCAGCAGCAGCAGCACAGGCAGCAGCAACAGCAGCAGCAGCAGCAGCAGGGUUUGCUGCUGUUUGUGUCUCAGGUACCCUUGCAGCAAGGGCUGCAGCAGCAGCGGCUGCUGCUGCUGCAGUUCGUCUCCUCCAGUCUUUGCCCGCAGAUACAAGAGGCCCUUCGUGCUGCUGAUUUGCCGGCGCUGCAGCCAUUAAUAACAAGCUGCGGCUUUUGCCAUUUUGCUGCUGCAGCAAAGCCAGUGGUGAAUCAAACGGCUCCCCCUGUGGCUGGACUGGCCUUUUUGUGUGUGCCCGAGGAGGAGGCAGCAGCAGGAACAGCAGCAGAAGCAGCAGCAACAGCAGCUCAGAGCGGCUCCUUGCAGCAGCAGCUGCUGCAGUGCCGCGGGCGCAGCAGGCUGCUGCUGCGCCUGCUGCAGCAAACCGGUUGGGCUACAGUUCCCAUCUCUUUAAAGCAGUGGAAGCAGCUGCCCACUGUAGAGCUGAGGGCCUCUUACCUGAGGGCGCUCACAACAGCCGAUGGCCCAUAA